AUGGAUGGUAACCCCUUUAAUGGACAUGAUUCCACUACAACUCUUGCAAGAAAAAGGAGGAGGAUUUUGUUGUCUAAAAAGAAACUCUCUAACCAUGGCCAGAACAAAGAAAACGAACCAACAUCAACACCUACUGCUGGGACUUUGGCCGCCUCUUCCAGGGACACUGCAACAAGAUAUCCUCUCCAGCCCACUACCUCUAACGAUUCCCACACUCUACCAUCUCAACAGCAUUUUGACAUUUUGCAAAACAAAAAAAGAUCAAGAAUUAUUGCUGCCAAUGGGGUGAAUCUGUUCAACCGCUUCAACAAUGCCGACACUUCUCCAUCGUUCCAUGUAGGUGAAUCAUCAAACAUCAGCAAGCGGCAAAAAUUCACCCAAAAACAACUACUCAUUACAACCCCUGCUGCUCUUAACAAUCCCCACACUUCUCCUGAUAUAACAAAUCCACAUAAUGUAUCAUAUCCUAAUCCUAAUGUAAGUAGAACAAGUUAUUCCUCCGAUGAUACCAAUGGAGAUUCUGAAGAUUGCGACUCAUUUGGACACAACUCUGAUUCAGAUGACUCCAUGGAACCUCAUGAUGUUCGUGAUCAACACAACCAGUCUUAUUCUGACAUUGGUGACCCGGUGUGGGAAUGUUUAAUUUGCCAAGCUUGCAUGUGGUAUGCAGAGCGCAAGAAUAUGAGAAAACAUACCACUGUUCCAAAAUUCGAAUUGUGUUGCAGGAGCGGUAAAAUUGUUUUACCAUACAUGAAACAACCACCGUUACUGUUACAAAAGUUACUUCAUCACAAAACUGAUCCUGAGAGCAAGAACUUUCAGGCCAAUAUAAGAACAUACAAUGCAAUGUUUUCUUUUACAUCUCCAGGGAUGAAAUUUGACACCAACAUUCCCAAGGGAGGAGGUCCUCCAACGAUGCACCUACACGGUCAAACAUGUCACCGGAUAGGCAGUCUUGUACCACCGCAGGGUGCACUGCCACAAUAUGCCCAAUUGUACAUUUACGACACUGACCACGAGAUUACAAAUAGAAUGCGUUGUUUCAAGGACAAUACAUCUAUUGAAACAUCUAUUGUAGCUAAGUUAAAGAGUAUGUUGGAUGAAGUUAAUGUUCUGGUCAAAGCGUUUAGAAUGGCACGUGAUAUGUUUAAGGCCAAUCCAUACGUCGAAUUAAGGCUGAAACUUAUCAGUGAUAGGCAUGACGAUGGUCGUGUGUAUAAUAUGCCAACUGUUGCGGAGGUUGCUGCCCUUAUUGUUGGAGAUGUUGACACAGGUGAAAUGAGAGACCUUGUGGUCCAAUACUGGAGUGGUAAAUUACAAAGAAUUGAUGAGUUCAAUCCAAGUUAUCUUUCAUAUCAAUACCCAUUGAUUUUUUGCUACGGUGAAGACGGUUACCGGAAUAAUAUCCUUCACAAGUAUCGAGAUGAAACAACUGUUACAAAGAAGAAUAGGCAAUCUAUCAAGGAUUGGCUGUGUUUUCGUCUCCAAGAACGCACAGAUGAACCUAAAACAUUAUUGUACUCAAGGAAACUUUUCCAACAAUUUUUGGUUGAUGGUUACGCUAUGAUGGAAUCAGAACGUCUCAAUUGGCUGCGAAAAAAUCAAUCAAAAUUAAGGGUCGGAAAAUACAAUAAUUUGCAACAAAGGUGUGAGCAGGGAGAACAGAAUCCAGGUAACAAACAAGGUAAGCGUGUUGUUCUACCUUCUUCUUUUGUGGGAAGCAAACGAUACAUGGAUCAACUUUACUUCGACGGUAUGGCCAUUUCAAGCAGAUUGGGAUUCCCAGAUUUGUUUAUCACGUUCACAUGCAACCCAAACUGGCCUGAGAUUACACGGUUGUUGUCCCCGAAAAACUUAAAACCCCAUGAUAGGCCUGACAUUGUUGCUAAAGUUUUCAACAUCAAGUUCAAAGAGCUUAUGUUUGACCUAACAAAAAAACAUAUUCUUGGAAAAGUUAUGGCAUUUAUGUAUACAAUUGAGUUUCAAAAGCGAGGCUUACCCCAUGCACACAUUUUGAUCUUCUUGCACCCCCAAAGCAAGUAUCCAACUCCGUCCGACAUUGAUAACAUAAUUUGUGCAGAGAUUCCUGAUCCUGAAAUUCAUCCUGCUUUAUACGCUCUGGUGAAAUCCCAUAUGAUACAUGGACCGUGCGGUCUUUCGCGGCCUGAUUCACGCUGUAUGAGAAAUAGGCAAUGUUCUAAAUAUUAUCCAAAAAAUUUCAUCGAAGAUACAGUUGUUAAUGCUGAAGGUUAUCCAUUAUAUAGAAGAAGAUCACACACCCAUGUAAUUACAAAAAAUAAUAUCAAGUUGGAUAAUAGAAAUGUUGUCCCCUAUAACACUCGGUUAUUGUUGAAAUAUCAAGCACAUAUUAAUAUGGAAUGGUGUAACCAAUGCACUUCUAUCAAGUAUCUAUUCAAAUACAUUCACAAGGGAUAUGACAGAAUUGGUGCAAGUGUGGUUGCUUCUAAGUCAAACAACGGACUACAACAUGAAUGUGUAGAUGAGAUCAAACAAUAUCUCGAUUGUAGGUAUGUUUCUCCGAGUGAGGCGUGUUGGCGAAUUUUUUCAUACAAGGUUCAUGGAAGGAAACCUGCUGUUGAGCGAAUGUUUUUCCAUCUCAUCGGUGAAAAGGCUGUCUAUUAUAAAGAUUGUGAACAAAUGGAGCAUGUAUUAGAAAGUGCAAGCGUAACAGAAUCCAUGUUCACGUCUUGGCUUGUAGCAAAUGCAACAUAUGCGGAAGCCCAGUCAUUGACAUAUGGUGAAUUUGUUACAAAGUUUGUUUAUGUUAAGAGAAACAGAAUGUGGAAGCCACAUAAAAGAGGGUUCACUAUCGGACGUUUGGUGUGGGUUCCACCGACAACCGGUGAACUUUUCUAUUUGAGGGUGAUGUUGACGGUGGCUAAGGGCCCAACUUGCUAUGAAGAUAUCAGGAGGGUCAGUGAAACACAAUAUGACACCUUUAGAGAGGCAUGCUUUGCUAUGGGAUUCUUAGAUGAUGAUCGAGAAUACAUAUGUGCGUUAAAGGAGGCAAGCGCUUGGGGGACAGGUCAUUAUCUUAGAAAGCUGUUUGUUGUUAUGCUCUUAUCAGGUGUUGUAAACCGUCCUGCCCAUGUAUGGAAGGAAUCAUGGAUUCUAUUGGCCGAUGGUCUCUUGUACGAACAAAGACAAAUUGCCAACAAUCCAGUACAAACCACAGAUUUAACAUUACCGGAUGAUGCAAUCCAGCAGCUGACAUUGAUAGAGAUUGAAAAAAUGCUGCAACUGAACCAUCGCACCCUGCAUGAUUUCAAGCCCAUUCCUUAUCCGAAUGACUAUGUUAUUCAACAACUGGGAAACCGGCUUAUUUACGAUGAAAGACAGUACAAUAUCCAGGACAUGAAGGCGGAAUUUGAUAACCUAUUCAAGUGUCUGACUGACGAACAGAGGAAGAUUUUUGACCAAAUCAUGGAUGCCGUCAACAAACAACAAGGUGGUGUCUUCUUCCUGCACGGUUACGGCGGAACCGGUAAGACAUAUAUGUGGAGAACACUUGCAAGUGCAUUGAGAUCUAAGCAUGAGAUUUGUCUAACUGUUGCAACAAGUGGGAUAGCAUCUCUUUUGUUGCCAGGGGGUCGUACAGCUCAUUCAAAGUUCAAGUUGCCAGUUCCAUGUCUUGAGAACUCAACUUGCAAAAUUAAUUUCAAUGACCCUAGCGCAGGUCUUCUAAGGGAGGCAAAGCUGAUUAUAUGGGACGAGGCCCCGAUGGCACACAAAUAUUGUUUUGAAACGCUGGACAGGACUUUGAAGGAUGUCAUGAGUAAUUACGGUAACUCCGAAACUAUUUUCGGAGGCAAGGUUGUGAUUUUUGGUGGGGAUUUUCGUCAGAUAUUACCCGUUGUACCUGGAGGAAGUCGUUCUGACAUUGUCCAUUCAACAAUUAAUGCUUCUUACAUUUGGCAUUAUGUUAAAGUCUUGAAUUUGACCAAAAACAUGCGUCUAUCCUCCGGACCAUCUGAGCAAGAUAAAAAGGAAAUUGCGGAUUUCUCUGAUUGGCUUUUAAAGAUAGGAGAGGGACGAAUUUCUGAAACCUAA